CCUUGUAACUUUUAUGAGCUUGGAAAAUGGAUGUACUUUAUCAAAAGUAGCUACCACAGCAUACAGUUUCACAGUAAUAUAUUUUCGGUAUUAAAAAAUAAAGGACGUAUAAAAGAUCCUUUCUUUCCGGCUUUAUCAACAUUUUUGAACUAUUAAAGCUUUGACAAUAUGGCUUCAACUCACCACUACGAAGCUUUGCAUUUCGCGCCUUCUUAUGCUUUUCCUCCUGCUAACUCAACGGUUUUAGAUGCUAACACCGACUACCAAAAGUAUGAUUCAACAGAUCAGAACGUUCCGCAAGAAAACAAUGCUAACUGUGGCAGUGCAGAGGUUACCACUGACAAAGUAUAUGAAGAACAGCAAGUACAACAACUGCGGCAGGAGAUUGUUAGGCUUAGAAGUGAAGAACAACGUCUGAAAAUGAAGGUGAAAAUUGUCAAGUCAGAUAUCGAUUCAGUCAAGGAAAAAUUGCAAAAAGCGCACAAAUAAUGGAAUCUUUACUUUCAAUAUAUGCUAAAUGCGUACAAUUAUUGAAAGUAACAUAAUGAACUGUUGAAUUAAAUAAAAUGAUGGAUUAUUGUUGGUACAUUCAUCAACCUAG